AUGGAACCACUUGCAGCGAGCGAACAUGGUGCCGGAGCGGCCUGGGCUGCGCUGAAAACCGAAGCCAGUGGCGGCAAGAAGCGCAAGCGGCUGCAGAAAAAAGCGCCCGGAGCGCCCAAGCGCGGCAAGUCGCCGUACAUUCUGUUCUCCAUGGAGAAGCGCGAGGAGAUCAAGGCCACGAUGCCCGAGAACUCGAAAGUGACGGACGUGAUGCGCGCGAUCGCCGACGCGUGGGGCAAGAUGGGCGACGACGACAAGCAGCCGUGGAAAGUCGCGGCCGAGGCCGACAAGCAGCGCUACGAGGAGGAGAUGGCGGCCUAUGACGGGCCCUUGCGCGUGCCCAAUAAGCGCGCGAAGAAGCACCCGGACGCGCCCAAACGGGCGUCGUCGGCGUUUCUCUUUUACAGCCAAGUCAUGCGGCCUCGGAUCAAGGCCGAGCACCAAGACAUGAAGAACACGGAGAUCUCGAAGCAGCUGGGGGAAGCGUGGGGGAAAGCCACGGACGAGCAGAAGGCGCCGUUUGUCGAGAAGGAAAAGGUCGAUCGGGCGCGCUACAAGCGCGAGAUGGAGGAGUGGAACAGCCACAAGGCCGAGCGCGAGUACAAUGAGUCGCAGCAGCAGUUCCACAGCUAUGCGGCCAUGACGGGCUUUGACCAGCUCAACUACACGGGCUCGUACUCGACUACGGAGGUGUAG